AUGAGUGAAAUAGGUUUCAUUUCUCAUCCCCCGCCUAAGCCAGAUUUCUGGAUUUAUUUUGCCAGUCAUUUAAGAAAGGGAUGGGUUCAGUGGGCCAUUGUUUUUGUUCCCUUCAUUCUAUUUGCGCUUUACUUGAAAUUAACUAUGCCUACACCCUCAACUAAUGAAAAAGAAGGUCCAGAGCAAGAAGAAGCAAGGUUUAAUGAUAUGAAAAUGAAAAACGAACAUAAAACGAAGGAUGGGCAGAAGAAAGGUUCACAAAAUUAA